CUUGCAAGAGAUCCAUGGUUGGCAAUUUGGCAUCAUCCGUUGCCGGUGCUGCAAUUAUGGGCCGUGGCAUGCAUGAGAGAAAGGCAGUGGAAUGUGGGAGGGAUAAAUAUAUUAAAGGGGUUGUUAUGUUACGUUACAUGUCUGAACGAUAUGUAACGUUAGUAGUGGUCGGGGUGGUGAAACUUGAGUUAAAGUUGACGGCAUGUCAGGGAGGUCAAAUCCCGCUACAGUUAGAAAGAGGUAAGGAGAGAGAAUGAAGCAGGGGGCGGAGUAAAAAUCUAAAAACUUGGCAUGGGGCACAUUGGGAUUUUAAUAUUUUUUCUGUGGUUUUUGUCGCUUCAUCCUUGCCAAAAACAGUGAAUAGCUCAUGAAAGUUUAGGACUUUUCAGGCCAUCCUCCUUCGAUCAAAGCGGUCCCAUCCUUUUAUUUUUAAAAAAAUAAUUUUGUGCCCUGUUCAUGGAUCCCAAGGGCUCAAAGCAAUCGCAGCAGGAGGUACCCAACUUCUUGAGUCUCCCACAACCACAAGCCAACAUCAUGGGAGAGAACAAGCCGGCAGAAAUCAAGGAUUUCCAGAUUGCGAUAGCCGAUAAAGAAGACAAUAACAAGAAGCAGUUAGCGCCCAAGAGGAGCUCCAACAAAGACAGACACACCAAAGUAGAGGGCAGAGGAAGGAGGAUACGGAUGCCCGCUCUGUGUGCCGCUAGGAUCUUCCAGUUGACCAGAGAGUUGGGUCACAAAUCUGACGGCGAAACCAUUCAGUGGCUUCUCCAGCAGGCGGAGCCUUCGAUCAUCGCGGCCACCGGAAGCGGCACGAUCCCGGCAUCAGCUUUAGCUGCUGCAGGUGGCUCUGUUUCACAACAGGGGACUUCUCUGUCUGCAGGAUUGCAUCAGAAAAUUGAUGAAUACGGGGGGUCCAAUAUUGGGUCGGGCAGUAGGACCGGGUGGGCUAUGGUGGGCGGAAAUCUGGGGAGACCCCAUAUGGCUACUGGCAUAUGGCCCCCAGUUAGUGGGUUCGGGUUUCAGUCAUCAUCGGGUCCAUCCACACCAAGUCUUGGAAGCGAGAGUUCAAAUUACCUGCAAAAGAUUGGCUUCCCUGGCUUUGACUUGCCUCCGGCAGCCACGAACAUGGGUGCUAUGAGUUUCACCUCAAUUUUAGGUGGAACUAACCAGCAAAUGCCCGGCUUGGAGCUUGGUUUGUCUCAAGAUGGUCACAUCGGUGUUAUCAACCCACAAGCCUUGUCCCAGAUUUAUCAGCAGAUGGGUCAGGCCAGAGUACACCAGCAGCAGCAGAAUCAGCAUCAGCAUCAGCAGCCUCCUUCCAAGGAAGACUCUCAGGGCUCUGGACAGUGAAACAAGUAGAAUUGUCCGUAGUCCGGGGCUUCUACAAAUGGCUUUUCUAUUGUAUGAUUGGGAGACGUGUGCAAAUAGAUACCUGAAGGAAUUCAAUAGGACCUGGAUUUGGCUUCCCCCACCCCCCCCCCCAAACCAAAAAAAACAUCUUCUUAUUCAUUUGCUGCACUACUCGAGUCUCCAGAAACAGGUGGAGUUGCACUGGCACAUAGCUUGGGUUUGGACUUAAUGUCUUGUUUAAUUCGGAGGUGUGUUGAAUAUUGCUUUGUAAGGAAUCGAUUAUUUUUUCUUUUUUCUUCCAUAGGUCAGGAUGGAGUGAUGAUCUGUUUGUUUGUGAAAGUAAUGGUAUAGUUACAUAAUCAUCUUGCCAAAUCGUAUUGCAUCUUCAUCUUUGUCAUCUGAAAGAUUCUAACCCAAUAGCUGUCUGGCACACUAAAUUAGUAUUUCCACACACAAUUUGCCCUCUUGUUACCAUUUCGCAUUUCGGGUUCGGGUGUUCGCAGACAACUUGGCUAUUUCCAUCAAACUCGUGCAGGGGACCUUUCAUCGACUAUACAUUAUCAGUUGAAGUCUGAAGCCAGCGUACUAUAGUAGAGCUUGGGUAUGCAAAGUUGGUGUUGGCAAAUGUUUUAUUUUGGAGAACGGGUGAAGACCUUCAUCUAGGUUAAGAAGUGAAACUAAUAAUCGGUUUGUGAUGGCUUAUUUCUGUACUUUUACUUCCGUAUAACAUCAGAAAUUGAACCAAUCAGCCAUUCUAAUAACCUAGCUGAAAUCCGAAACAACUUAUUGUUUCUGAAGCUAACGUUGUCAUAAGAUGUCUGGUUGUGGUGUUAAGCCUGAUAAACUAACGCAUCUUCAAGAACACACUGAUGUCAUUAUUGAUUGUGGAACGUGAAACUUAGCAUUUAAGUUAUGAAUGAGACUUGGAAUUGCUACUCAAGAUAGUUACUAAGGAAUCUGCCAGAAUGUGAAACUUCUAUGAUCUCGUCAUGCAAUUUGUUUGAGUUUCUGUGAGAUCACCUUGUCAAAUUUGAAUGCAAGUGGAUAUGUGGUAAUCUCCAUGGUGCGUGGUGAUUCGCUAGUUUCCUAUGGUGUCUGGCUGCAAGUGCUUCCAAUAUUAAUUUCACCAUAGAAGCUCAUGUCAGCUUUGCACGCUUGUGGGACUUUGUGCUUGCAAGCUUCAAUUGGUAUCGCCCAGUAAAUGACAUUAGCUGAAAUUACAUGCAACAAUCAGUUGUAUUCUGCAUCACCUUUAGUACAGAACAACCCAAGUGAACAUGUAUGGUGUAAAUAUCGUAUGCUUCAUUUGUACAAACCUUGAUCUGGGUUAAUUACUUACUGCAUGAUGAUUAAUUGUUGUCUUUGUACACUAUAUGAGAUUUUUAACAUUGUCACAGAAAUUCUAGAGGGCUGGUGAUAAUUUUUAAACUUUUGAUAUGCUGAAUCUUUUUGUGUUGUAACAUGGUAUUAAAGUAGAAGCGAUAUGUCUUCUGCAUCUAUUAUAAUGGAAGUUGCAAUUUUCUUA